CCAGUUCUUUGUUUCUUUUUUUUGAUGGAAAAAAUGUUAUAAGUUUUUAUUUUUUAUUUCGUUUCUUUUUCCCCUCUUCUGUCGCGUUGCCCCUUUUCAUCUCUGGAGUUUCCAGUUAUAAAUUAUCAUCAUUAAUCAAUCACAUCAUAUAUACAUUAUGAUCAGCUUAUCGAUAACUUAUGUAAUUUAUUGUUGAUAGAAGCUGUAGUUUUAUUCUGGACUUGACACUGAGUCCAGUAUACGAUGCACAUAACUAAUCGUGAAAAACAGGGCCAUGGACGAACAAUCAACGGAUCUGGUGCAUAGCUCAGUGAUCCGUAAUAGAAUGGCCAUCCCUAAUAUAAAAAUGACUAAUCCAAUUAAAAAGCUGGUCAGCAAACAGAGAAAAAGAUAUACAGAAGAUGGUUUUAAUCUUGAUUUAACUUACAUUUUAGAAAAUGUGAUAGCUAUGGGAUUUCCAGCUGAAAAUUUAGAAGGUGUAGUUUAUCGGAACCAUAUAGAUGAUGUUAGUAGACUCCUUGAUCAGAAACAUCCCCAUCACUACAAAAUAUACAACUUGUGUUCUGAACGAUCAUAUGAUCCACGAAAAUUUCAUCAUCGUGUGGUUACAUAUCCAUUUCAAGAUCAUAAUCCUCCAAGUAUUGAAGUGAUAAGACCGUUUUGUGAAGAUGUACAUCAAUGGCUUUUAAAUGAUAGUAGAAAUGUUGCUGCUGUUCAUUGUAAAGCAGGAAAGGGGCGAACUGGUGUAAUGAUAUGUUGUUAUCUGAUUCAUAGUAGACGUUUUAUAACUGCUAAAGAUGCACUUAAUUAUUAUGGUCAAAAAAGAACAUUUGAUGAAAAAGGUGUGACCAUUCCUAGCCAAAGGCGUUAUGUCAACUAUUAUUCCAUGUUGGUCCAAGAGAAUUUGAAUUAUAAGCCUGUUGUCUUAAGUAUUAAAGAAAUAAAAUUAAAUCCAGUGCCCACAAUGUUCAACUCUGGUCAAACAUGUAUUCGCAUAGUUAUAUCAGAAUGGACAAGUGCAGAUAGUUCUAAGAUAAGGAAAGUUUACUCUUCUAAUAUACAAGAUAUACGACGAACUGAUUCUGAUGUUACAAUUUGUUUAACUCAAACAACUCAAGUCCGUGGUGAUGUAAAAGUUGAAUGCUAUAAUAAGCAUAAAAUGAAAAAAAAGGAAAAGCUUUUUCAUUUUUGGUUUAAUACAUUUUUUGUUCGCGAUCCUUUUGUUACUGAAAAUGGCAAUACUGAACAUAAAAAUUGUAGCCAACAUGAAAAAACAGCCCGUACAAAUAGUGUAGAUGAUACAUCAAAUCUUCGUUUACCAAACAAUAAAAUGCGAACGAAUUCUAUUGGCAAUGUGGAUGUUAGUGAUAAUCGCCUAUUAACACUUCAUAUGAACAAAUGGGAGUUAGAUGGCCAUAAAGACAAACAAAAUAAGUUAUUCAGUCCAGACUUUCAUGUUAGCCUGUUAUUUGAACGUUCUGAUGUUGCUGAACCUAUAGUUGGUGAACUAUCAGAAAGUGAGUCAAGCAGUUGUACUACAGCAGAAGAAGAUGACACAGGAUGUGAAGAAGAUGAUUGGGAAUCUGGCUUUUGUAAACCUGUCGCUUGAACACAAUGCACCUGACGUCAUUGAUGCAAAUGUGAUUGUGUUUCCGGUGGUUUUAGGCGAAUCGACGUAUCUAUAGAAUAUUGAAAAUGCUGCUAACAGAGGACGAACAACAAACAUAUUUUUGUACAUACAUUUUUUUUAUCAUUUUAUUAUUACUAUUAUUAUUAUUAUUAUUAUUAUUUGCAACUAA